AUGAAAACUCGACUAUUGAUGUACAUUAGUGUUAUUUUUCUACUUGAUGAAAUUCGAGAUCUCGCUGCAUCGAAAAAAUCGUCAGACAAAGUAGAACAUCUGCUAGAAAACGUCUGCGACCAUUUACAUGAUGAAGAUUUAUCAUCGACUGAGAAUCAAAAUUGGCUAGAUCUCUGCGAGAAAUGGCUUCAAUCAACAAGGCAUCAUCGACGACAAAAUCAAAAUAUUAUCGAUGAAGAACACAUGCAACGGAUUCAUCAACCUCGUCGAUCCGGAUCCCGUGGUGGUUCUCGUACUUCCAGUCGAAGUAGUCGAAGCAGUAGCAGCAGCAGCAGCCGCAGUGGUACCCGUCGAAUAUCUACAGGUGCUACUCGCUUUCGUAAUACACGCACUGGUGCAGUCAUUUCUCGUCCAAAUGGAUGGUUAUGGAGUCGAAGUCGGCAUGUUUUUCUUCCAGUUUCUCGUGUGUAUCGCUACCGAUCGCGUUCUUCGUCGUCGAAUCGAUAUACAACAUCGGCUACCACUUCUGCCGAGUAUUACUAUUGUACAUUGGACGCGAAUAGUUCCACAGAAAUUCAAUGUCUCACAACGACUGGAGAUAAUCAAUGUUGUGAAGUAGAGACCAAUCGAGAAGUUUUUUGUUGUGGUGGCGAUAUCGAUAGUGAUUAUGAUGCUGAUAAUCGAGGCAGAAGAUUAUUAACACGAAUUUUCUAUACUAUAUCAGCAAUAGCUUUCGUUAUGCAUCUAUUUAUGAGACGAUUUAAUCGAUAA